AUGCAUCUAUCCAUCCCCAUCGACUACACAAGUUCACGAAUAAGCUUAAAGAGGGGGAACAUCUUCUCAAUAACCGCAUUUGAUGUCAAGCCAAACCUUAACUGCUACAGGUUAACUAAUAAUCCAUACAAAAUCUACUUCAAUGACCAUACCGCUUUGGAAGAUGUCAAUGGUGAGCAAUAUGACAUUCAUCAUGAGUAUUUUCGUAUCCCUCCAUUUACAGAGCUUGAAAUGAUGGUAAACAAAGGAGACCACUUACCAGAUGUUAUUACAAAAGUGUCAUGCAUUCAGACAUCAAAGAAGGUGGACGAGACAAAAACUCUUCCUAGGACUUCCUUAAAUAUUACUCUUACAUGUACUUUUGACAGUCGUGAGGCCGCUAAUAUAUCUGUAUGGGAAAAACUCGCACGCUAA